UAAAUUUCCAUUAAGUUUUGCCUAUUUUCUUCAAAGUUUUGCACUGCGUUUUGUUAAAGUUGCCAGGCAUUAAUUGAACGAAUAAUAUUUCAUUAAUUUAAGUAGGCUGUGGAGUUUGAGUUUCGUUCAAAAGUUAGUUGUUCUCCGUCUCCAUCGGUUGUGCAGGUCAUCUACCGGUAAAAAAAAAUUCCAUUUAAAUAGCGUAUUUUAUCACCAGUGAGAUUAGAUAGUGUCAGUCAGGAUUACAAAGCAAACGUUGCUACUCGGAAACAAUUACUAUCUGUCUGUGGGCCGCAUAUGCUUGUUAGAUCAGUCUUGUCGAGCUUUCUACGCAAAAUGGCAACGAAUAAAGCAACCGUGCCGAUGGUGAAGCUGAACAAUGGUCGCGAAAUGCCCGCUCUUGGGCUGGGAACAUGGAUGUCGAAAGAAGGCGAAGGAGUGGCCGCCCUGAAGACCGCAAUCGACGCCGGCUACCGGCACAUUGAUACGGCGUUUUUCUACCAAAACGAAAAGGAAGUUGGCCACGCAGUACGCAGUAAGAUAGCCGAGGGUGUGGUGCAACGAGAGGACAUGUUCAUCACGACCAAACUAUGGAACACCUUUCAUGAUCCGUCUCACGUGGAGGAAGCUUUCAAGCGUUCGCUCGAAAAUCUGAACCUCGAGUACAUAGAUCUGUACCUGAUGCACACUCCGAUGAGUUACCGGUUCAAGGGAUGGUUUGCAGAUGAUUUGAUGCCGUAUGCCGACGGCAAACUCGAGCUUACCGAAGUGGACUUCGUUGAAACGUGGAAAGCGAUGGAAAAACUGCUGAAGACGGGCAAAGUCCGGUCACUCGGUGUGUCGAACUUCAACAGCGAACAAAUUGCUCGCCUGCUGGCGGAAUGCAAAAUUAAACCCGUGACCAAUCAGGUCGAGUGCAACCCAGGAUUGAACCAACGGAAACUGACGGCGUUCUGUAAGGAGCGGGACGUCACCAUCACCGCUUACAGUCCGCUCGGUCGUCCGAACUACUACGAGAAGGAUCCAGAAAAUGUUCCCAAGCCGGCACUGGAUGAUCCACGGGUGGCGGAGAUCGCCAAGAAGUAUGGAAAGACUCCGGGACAGGUUGUACUUCGGUAUCUCUUCGAACUUGGCACGAUCCCGAUUCCGAAGUCCGCGAAUGAGGCGCGCCUUCGUCAAAAUAUCGAUAUCUUCGACUUUAAGCUGACAGAGCAGGAGAUCGCCGUGAUGGACACCUUCCAUACCGGGAAGCGGUCGGUUCCCUUUAGUCUGUGUGUGAAUAGCAAAUACUUUCCGUUUAAUAUCGAAUUCUAGUGCUUGAAUUAACCAGAGACUCUAACGACAAAACAACCAUCUACUCGGCAUCCAAGUCAACAUUGGAAGCUGCUAAGUCGAUAAGAGUACAAGCACCACUUCAGGCAUUUUUCUUUAUUUUCCAAUCACAGCAUCCAACAAAAAACUUGCAAUAAAAAUCGU